AUGGAUAACUCUAGUAGCGACCAGGCCACUCGCCAGGCAACCCCCCCGAAACCCUUGCGAAAGGACCAGGCAGGCCUAUGGCGAUUCGAUGGCUCACUCGAAGAGCACGACGUGGCCUCCUCUUCAGUUACUAAGGUUCGUCGCCUCAUAGAGGUGGAAAACGAGUAUGUCGGCAACCUAAGAGAGGUCGACCUCGAAUCAUUCAAUGCCAGUAGAGAUCGCCGAGACGGCAAGACCCAUGCAGGGAACAUCGAGUAUUCACAAGGCAGCCCGACAAGUGUUUAUGAUUAUUUUUCAGAUACGGCAGUACUAUACAUGGUGUUCACUACCCCGGCCGCAACUUCGGAAGGCUCUGUCUACCCUAAAUAUAUUUAUAACGUCCACGAUGUUCCCAACGAGUACUCCGAGGUGGCGAUGGAGGGUACCAUAAAACAUAUCACCGAACACGUCGCCCGUGAUGCACUCGAUACUGCCCGGGAACGAGACCUCUAUAUCCACGGGAUCCAUAACAUCAUGACUGAGUGGAUGACCACUGAUGGUCCGAGUUCGCAAGGAAAUGACUAG